GCUGUUUGAAAGACAGGGAGGGACUUAGCGCUGCCGAGUUUGACCAGCAUGUGGAAGGACAGCUCUCAUGGCUGCAAUCAGGUAGAGAGCUCCUACCUGGGUGACACUUGGGCAGGGAGGCUUUUUGUUUGUUUUGCUCUGUUUCUGAAGGUCCCGUGCACGUCUCUCGCCCGUGUCAGCGUGACUCUUGGUGGUGUUUGCACACCCUGCUCAGUGGGGGAGUGCCCCGACGUGCCUGUCUUAUGUGGCCUUUAUGGACACACUGCUCAGCUGGCAGAGAGCAGGGAAGUUUUCUCCCAGCACCCAAAAAGAGAAAGAGGAAACUACUUUUUCCUUCUGGGCUUCUUUCAGCACAAUAGAUCAGGAUAAGCUUCCACAUUCCCUCCCUGGAUUUUCUGGAGUGGUUUCCAGGAAGAAGUUAAAUCUUCAUCUUUAAAUGGAUGACCAUGUCACAAUCAGGAAGAAACAUCUCCAAAGACCCAUCUUUAGACUAAGAUGCUUAGUGAAGCAGCUGGAAAAAGGUGAUGUCAAUGUCGUCGACUUAAAGAAGAAUAUUGAGUAUGCAGCGUCAGUGUUGGAAGCCGUCUAUAUCGAUGAAACAAGAAGACUGCUGGAUACCGAAGAUGAGCUCAGUGACAUUCAGACUGAUUCGGUCCCAUCAGAAGUCCGGGACUGGUUGGCUUCUACCUUUACACGCAAAAUGGGGAUGACGAAAAAGAAAACAGAGGAAAAACCUAAAUUCCGAAGCAUAGUGCACGCUGUCCAAGCUGGAAUUUUUGUGGAAAGGAUGUACAGAAAAAGCUAUCACAUGGUUGGUUUGGCAUAUCCAGCAGCUGUCAUAGUCACAUUAAAGGAUGUUGAUAAAUGGUCUUUUGAUGUAUUUGCCCUAAAUGAAGCAAGCGGAGAACAUAGUCUGAAGUUUAUGAUUUAUGAACUGUUUACCAGAUAUGAUCUUAUGAACCGCUUCAAGAUUCCUGUUUCUUGCCUAAUUGCCUUUGCAGAAGCUUUAGAAGUUGGUUACAGCAAGUACAAAAAUCCAUACCACAAUUUGAUUCACGCAGCUGAUGUCACCCAAACUGUGCAUUACAUCAUGCUCCACACGGGUAUCAUGCACUGGCUCACUGAACUGGAAAUUUUAGCAAUGGUCUUUGCUGCUGCCAUUCAUGACUAUGAGCAUACAGGAACCACAAACAACUUUCAUAUUCAGACAAGAUCAGAUGUUGCCAUUUUGUACAAUGAUCGCUCCGUCCUUGAGAAUCACCACGUGAGCGCUGCUUACCGCCUUAUGCAAGAAGAAGAGAUGAAUAUCUUGACAAAUUUAUCCAAAGAUGACUGGAGGGACCUUCGGAACUUAGUGAUUGAAAUGGUGUUAUCCACAGACAUGUCUGGUCACUUCCAGCAGAUUAAAAAUAUAAGGAACAGUUUGCAGCAGCCUGAAGGGAUCGACAGAGCCAAGACCAUGUCCCUGAUUCUCCAUGCAGCAGACAUCAGCCACCCAGCCAAGUCCUGGAGGCUGCACUACAGGUGGACCAUGGCCCUCAUGGAGGAGUUUUUCCUACAGGGAGAUAAAGAAGCAGAGUUGGGCCUUCCAUUUUCCCCACUCUGUGAUCGAAAGUCAACCAUGGUGGCCCAGUCACAGAUAGGUUUCAUUGAUUUCAUAGUAGAGCCAACAUUUUCUCUUCUGACAGACUCAACAGAGAAAAUUGUUAUUCCUCUUAUAGAGGAAUCCUCAAAAGCUGAAAGUCCUAACUAUGGGGCAAGCGGCUCAGCCAGCAUCGUGGGGUUGCACAUCGCCGAUUCCAUGAGACGAUCGAAUAUUAAGGGCUCCGUGAGCGACGGGAACUUCUCCCCCGACUACUCGCUGGCUGCCGUGGACCUCAAGAGCUUCAAGAACAACCUGAUGGACAUCAUUCAGCAGAACAAGGAGCGCUGGAAAGAGCUGGCCGUGCAAGGUGAACAUGAUCUUCAUAAGAACUCAGAAGACUUAGCAAACACUGAAGAAAAACGUGCUGACACACAUCCAUAGGUCUGAAACACCUUAAAGGCUUCUGCCACUUUAAACACAAGAGGAUGAUGAAAACAGCACUAAAAAGCAUCCCAAGUCCUCAAAUUCCCACCAAGCUACAUUCUCCUUCUUCGGCCUGCAAUUGGAUUGGGCCAUUUUAAUGGAAUCCUGUAGAAGGAAUAAGAACACAAAUUAUAAGUGAGCAACUGGCCAAAUAAGUACCUUCAAGUUUCUGUGGGAGCUUUUGGCCGAUGCCUCCCCCAUCGCUUUUCUUCACAAUUUGGCCUUCUUCAAUCAAGCCAGAGAAAUUUUUAAGACAAAAGAUAGGCAGUUUUAAAUUUGCAUCACUUUUAACUCAUCACAGUACCUGUACAACACAUGUGCAGAAGAUGAAGUGUUUUAAACGUACUUUCUUGGACUGUCUGAAAAAGAGUUCUAACUACAAAUUUUUCCAGGUCAUAAAUAAAAGCAAAGCAAAAAUGAAGUGGGAAAAAACAAUUUUUUUUGAUGGCACUGGAAAGCAAGUUGUUUAGAUUGUCCUUAUUUUAAAUGCAUGGGGACAAAAGGAGAGCUGGGGUUGCUCAUGACCUGCAGCUGAAUGCUAAGGCAACAAUGGACAUCCUCGCUGUGGCUCGGUGACCUGACGAACAGGAUGAUGCUCAAGCUGAGAAAUGGCAGCGCAGCUCAGCCUUUCCCUGAAGCCAGCGGACCAGCGGCAUCCACCCCGUAGCAUCAUCACCAAGACGGUGUGGUCACAAUGGAGUCACACAUUACCCACAGCCCUCAGUAACAGCCCUUGCUGGAGACAGACACUUAAGGAGAGAAUGGAAUUUGCCUUCUAGGGUGUUGAUCCCAUCUGGGUGUAAUAAAAUAUAUUACAGGCCCAGGGAUAAGAUGCAGGAAGGGUUUGUGUUUGCGUGUGCACAUGUAUUCAGAAACUUCCAUGGAAACGGAAGCCCACACUUUUCUGUAGAGAUAACAUUAUUUGAUGUGACUUUUUAAAUGUACUAAAAGAAAACAAACUGCCACCCUCAGAGGUCCUGCCUCUUGUGAUGUUUUGCCUGAGCAUGUGCAAAGCCUUUCCUUUGCUCCAAACUGAAGAACUACCUUUUGUUUGUUAUUGGCUGGCAAGAAAGGUCAAGCGCAAUUCAGUGUUACAGCUUUGCACUGUAUGAACGUGUCAGCAGUUGUGAUCUUAAGUGAAUCUGUCUUUGUGAAAAGUGGAUAUAGGAUGGAAAGGACUGAUAAGAGUCAUCCCUUAUCUGACGGAAAGUAGAGGUGUCUAUCCAUUCUAAUGAGUUGCCUGUUGCUCCCGCUUCUUUCCCGGGUUACACAAUGCUAAGCAAUACUAGAAAUGGAUACAAUCAGAAGCUUUUCAGCCUAAGUGGUGGGAUUUUGUAACUCACACUUGGAUCUCUUUUAAAGUGUAAGCCAUAUUCUAUAUGCAUAUUUAGUAUGCAUCAUUGUAAAUUUAAGAUGUAUUUGUGAGUGCACAGUGUAAAAUGCUUCUAAAUGUUCUGUGAAUAUGGCCCUUAACAUUAGUUUCCUCUGAAUCUUGUGCAGAACACAGCUCAAUAACUGAAUUAUAUUGUAGAGAUUACAAUGCAAUUGAUGUUUUAAAUGUAAGGAGUCGUGAUUGAGCUAUAAUAAUGCACUGGGGAAAGAUUUAUAAAAAUGCACAACAUGGUGACUUUUUGUCCUUUAAAAAUAGACUUUUUAUUUCUAUUUAUGGAUAAAGCUGUAACUAUUGCUUUUAAAGUCUUUUUUAAUGAGCUCUUUACCAUGCAGAAAAUACUCUGCAUUUAAAAUAGAAUAUGAUUAUCUGGGAAGUAUUAUUACUAUGGUUCCUACUUGAGCCAGUUCUUUCAGAAAAGCUAUGGGCUCUCUGAGGGAGGAGCACAUUGCAAUACUACUUCUCAAAUGGCGUCCAAAACAUCCACUUUCAUCCUCUUAAUUCUUUAAUAUCUCUCUACUUUGUUAUAAAUUCAGAAGAAUAGAAAGAUUUGAACCAAUUUCUGUGUUUGGGCUUUAGCCAAGUUUUCCAGGUUAUAUGACUCAGAAAGCCCUGCGGCUGACCUUGCAGAAGGAGUAGGGAAGACAUGCCUUGUAUUCAGCUAGCGCUUAGCCUUCUUGGGGCACUUAGCCUUUCCCUGCUGUCCCCCUUCCGCAUUCCUCUCCCUUUUUUCUUUUUAUUUUCCAUAUCUCUUCUUUCUUCAUUCUCUCUGCAAGACAGCUGUGAUUUGGCACUAGCAAGAAGUUGGCGUUGGUACUAUCUAACAGGAAGAUGGAUGGAAAUUACCCUACAUCUUUCCUUCUCAAACACCAACAUGGGGUCCAUUCUGCAAAGAGGGUUGAUGAGUUAGGCUGCUGCACCUGGAAUGUCCUGCUUUGCAUUUGUAUUCCGAGCUGAUCGACAUAUAUAUCCUGCAAGGUCAUAUGCCUUUUGUUUAACCAGAGCCUCUUUCAUUUAAUUUUUAACUUGACAACCUACAAUUCUUCUGUUUUUAUUAUGCUGUAAUUCUCUGUAUUUCCUAUUGUAUAUGAUUGCUAAAUAAAUCAUAUUUGAUGGACAAUAUCA